AUGGCAAGCUCCAGUGCGACCGGCGACAUGGAGGAGGAAGCAGUUCAAAAGGCUGGGAGAAGGCAAAGCCUGCAGGAAGUGGUCAACACGCGAUUGUUGAACAGGCGAAACAACUUGAAUGCGGCAAACGCUACGAUGGCCAAGUCAGCAUUUACUCUCGCCAAGGGCAAGACGGGCGAUGAGGGGUCUGAGUCGGAGUCGGAGUCUGAAAGCUCGGACGACGGAGACGGCCGGCUCCUGGACCACGCCCAGGAAAAUGGUCCUGGACAGCUUCUGCAGGCUCUGACCUCCAAAUGGAAAAGCCAUACCGAAAAGAUGGUGGUCCAGCUGAUUCACUCUGGCGUAGAUGUCAGCGAGCGGUUGCAAGAGCCGUGGGAUCCUGGCUUCAACCAUUUCAAGCAGACGAUCGGCGCUGAAGCGCUUCACUUUGCUGCGCGGCUUGGUUUGCUGCAGGCAUGCAACGCUUUAUUGGAGAACAAGGCGGAGGUCGACUCACAGACCGAUACAGGAGUUACAGCUCUCAUGGUAGCUGUCAUGUUCAAUCGGCUCGAUGUUGCCAAUCUCUUGCUGAAUGCCAAGGCGAGCGUCCUUCGCCAAGAAGGCAAUGGGCUCACCGUGACAGACGUGGCCAUCUUGGAGGGCAACCCAAACAUGGUUCAAGAGCUCCUCCUGCGGGAGCAGCAAGAGGAUGAACAGACAGAGCAGGAGGUGAUGCAAGCUGCGAUUGAUGCAGGCGCAGACAUCUCUCUGCUCCCAGCGAUGGACGAG